GUGGCUGUCACAGACCGGGCCACGCUGCGUUUCAACGCGGUUCCUGAAGCACUGCGGCCCACGAUCAUCGGCCAAUAGGGUCUGGUUAAAAAAGCCCCAAGCCAAGUGAUACCAAGAUCCCGAGACGAACAUUACGUUCUCCUGGACAGACAUUACUACAACGUUAUGGAAGGCAGAACUACAUGCUACCGGGACGUAUUGCAAAGACCUGCUCGACCAUCGUCCCUCUCUGUCGGGAGUGGCGUUUACGUGAUACCAAAGCGCUGCGCUCGAGGGCCAGAACGAUACCGGCAGUACGUGUCAUCACCAGUUUGUGACGCUACUCCAGCGCCUUCCCCACCAGUUCGUGGAGACAGCCUAAAUGGUCCACUAGUAGUGCCGCCCCCUGCGGAACAGAUCUGUCCCCAACCACGAACGCCACACAAGGAUCAGUAUGAACGGUUGUACGGCACCUUCGAGAUGAGGCAGAAGAGAGAACUCUUCCAACAGUCGCGCUAUUCAUCAAACAGCCUCCACGCAGAAUCUUCUUACUUGGCCCAACAUGUACCUCGAAAAUGGCGGGAACAGAAUUCGACCCGUCAUGACCACAAUCCUGAAUGUAAAACCGAAAGAACAUAUGCUAGACAAGAACUACCGUCUAGAAGCGCCUCGUUUUCAUCUUCGGAAUGUCCUGGCGAAGCAAACGGAAAAGUAACUACUGUGAAGAAUUCCCACCCACAGCAGUCACAUGGACCAGCAGCAAGCUUUGAUGGUGAGAAAACAUGGCCUGGAAGGCCAAUACGUAAGUCAGGGACAGAGAAUUACCAAAGACCUUCGCCACGUGUGAGUGAAAAUGGAUGUACAGACACUCAGUCCCCUGCGAGCCAGGCAGACCCGGUACCCCUUAUUCUGCUGCAGAUAAUGCCGAAAUUUCGGGAGGAGCUUGCAUCCUUUGACGAAUCCUGGGUGUCUUUUCAGGGAGCAUGGAGAGCCCUUCUGAGAGAUCGAUGUUUGGCUAAUGACCGUACAUCACCGACACUGCUGCAGGUCUUAGGAAAGAUGGCGGAACAGGUAAUGAACCCUGAUUACAGCGACCAUCAAGUCGAUCUCCCAGGAAAGACACUGCAUUCUCUUACGCCUGGGCAACGAGAGGACCAGUCUAAUGAUAGAGACGAAACACACAAGUCUGUGAUGUCACUUCCUUCCAUCAUAGCUAGUGAGCGGAAGUCAGUGUGCUCCAACACAGAUAGCUACUCAUCCUGUGGACCUUGCGAUUUCAAUUCUUCCCUAGCGCCUAAACCAUCUUUGGACAAUCAUGUCGAUGGUAUGUUGAGAAAGUUGGAGAGUAGCGUAGUUGAUUUGCCGAACCAGGCAGCCGAAACACAAGAAACGAGAGUUAAACCUUCGGAUCGUGAAGACGUAGAGUGCACUGAAUCGUGGCCCAAUAUGUCUCAGGCAAACUACAGUCGCCUUUCGCCGGGUCUUAUGCACGAACAGUCAAUGACGAUGAAACACAACCAAGAAAGUUCAGAGCUAAAAGAACGCCGAACAUCUUUCAGUGAUUCCUCUGAGGAAGACAGCGCCAUUGAUGUGAUGGAGUGGCCUUCCUCACAUCGAGUAACACCGGUGGACAUUACGCACGAGAGCUGCGAGGAAGAGUUGUCUAGCUGUAGUAGCAUGCUGACAUCUGAGUAUUGUCUCUGGGGGAAGCCGUCGGCGAGUGUAUACCCUGAAAAAUCUGCAAGUGAAGCCAUCACUGCGACAACUUGCUUCCCUGCAUUUGAGCGAUUGCCAUGGUGGCCGCUUCAACAAAAAGAUAAGGUGGUCCAGCAGAAGCCCCUAUCAAAGGAGGCAGUGUGUUCUUAUAUUACAAGAACAUCUCUCGCUCCCCAACCAUUCGACAACGGGAUAACCCCAUCAUCUGUGUCGCCAGAUUCGCCAACCAAUUGGAAACCAGCGCAGAAAAAAUUGUGCCCGCCACAACUAAAACUGAACGAAAGGCUUGAUUCGAUGGCUACGACGUUCAAGGGCCCUAAGAAUUUCAACAACGUGGAGUCGCAAGAAACAAGGGUUCACUGUACUAGACAUGAUGGCUGACAAAGUGACACUGCCAUAACGAAGAGAAAACGUGCAAUUCCUAUGUGGACAAAAAUUGCAAUGUAACCGGAAGGACGAAACUUGUGGGAACACAAAGCAACUUACGUUUAUUUGGUCGACGGUAAAUUGCAAUUCGUAUCGCGGAAUGCAUGUCGGGUACCACGAAGCAUGGGAAGUAAUAAUGGGAAACCGGUGAUGACGUGAACCAGUUUGGAGGUUGGAGCGAAAUUAAUUAGCACGCUAUUAUUUACAAGGGUAUUCAAAGAAGAGGGAAGGAUUAGUGUUUGAGAACCGCUUUAUAUCCACACUGAGACAACGCAAUUAAACGGCAGACAAGAACUUUUUUAUUCAGCCAUCAAAUCUUUAUCUAGGCCACCCAGAAACUAUUGAGCAUUCGCGCAGAUUCACACGAUCCUAACGCGUGCGCAGGAGAGGACUAGUAUUUCAUUUUCCCAUUUCCAAAGGAAAGGUACAGGGCAGAUAUGUGGCGACAGGCCAGAAUUUUGAUGUGGCUUGCCACAACCGAACGUAUUCAUAUAGUCCCCACGCACCGACACCCGAGUGAAAAAAAGGGACUGGGUUGUCAUUACAACUAAGUGAAAGCUUGAGACGGGUACACGAAGAUCUAGUUGAACCUAACAGGGAGCGAUAAAAAAUUCGCGAUUGUCAGAGUAUUCCAAUGUGUACUGCCACAAUGUGGAGCAAAGAGCGCCAAUAGUUAGCCAUUUCAGCACUGUCUAAAAUGCAAUGUCUUGAAAGAAAGAACGAAACGCUCAAUCAACUGCCGAACGUCUCCGCCUGCGUCCUGAAAAUGAAACCUGGGACAGUUCGGUCUCGAUCCACUAUUCUGAAAAGCACCUUCCUUUUAACCGAAACACACGAAUCGCGAUUUUGUAUCCCUGUGAGAAGACCAGUGAUUCUCAAGUCCAACUGCACUCGUGUGUGAUUAUAUUUCAGAUGACGUCAUAUUCCAGUACCUCAACCAAAAAUCGCAUUCCGUCAAGUGUGCCAGUAACGACAAGCAAGUUUCUUGCACUUCCAGAUCACCGACGUUUUCGCAGAUUAACGACAAGGACACCUGUUGAAGCUUUUUUACGAAGUCACUCGGCUAACGCCACAGUUUGACAAGAUGCAUGUCGUCACACAUGUCUAAAAAAGCUACCUGUAGGUGGUAAAUCACGUUACAAUCUCCCAACAGUAAAUAAAGAAACGUGAUUAAAGCAGCA